CUUCAUCAUCAACACCACAACGUCCGGUUCCUCCACCACUCUUUUCCUCCAAUCUCGCGACUCCCAAAAAAAACAAUAAUGGCUGCGGAGCAACCGCCACCUCCCGGUGUUGCUGCCAAACCAGCGACCUUGCCUCCCAAUCGCACACUUUACGUCCGCAAUAUCUACACCAGAAUCCCGAAAGAUGACACUAAACGCUCCCUCUACAUGCUCUUCGCCACAUAUGGCGUAGUCCUCGACGUGGUUGCUCUCAAGACGCACCAGAUGAGGGGCCAGGCACACGUCGUAUUCCGUGACAUGGACGCGGCAACCCAGGCCAUGCGCGCCUUGAACGACUUUGAAUUCUUCGGCAGAAAAAUAGAAGUCCAGUACGCAAAGGGCCAGUCCAACAUCAUUCCCAAACUCAAGGGUAUCAUCCCCGGCGCCGAAAAGGCUGCCGCUGCUGCCGCUGCCGAAGCCGCCGAAAAACAGAACGCUUCUACCACAGGGUUCGGCGCAGCCCCCGCGAAAGCCGUCCCGGUCAACGAACAAGACCGCGCCCAAGGCGUCAAGCGGGCCCGCGAAGAUGACGACGAGGAAGACGCGAAACCGACGCAGAAGCAGCCGAAUAACGACGAGUCCGAUGAGGAGGAGGCUGAGAUGGACAUGUCGAGUAGUGAUGAGGACGAUUAGCCGCGAUACCCCAUUUGGAGACGGACAAGCAGAAAAGACUGGAAAGGGCACCAACCCUCGCGCGAUGGGAAUACGGCUGCGGCAAGAUGUUUGAAUGAGGGAGCGAAUGAAAAUGAGAUAUCGCACGGCCUUGAUUUUCCAACAUUUACACCCAGGAUAUAUAUACUGGAUCUGAUCACCGCUAUAGACCGACAUGCUCAUUGUCCAAGCCGCGACUUCACAGCGGGAUUCCGCGGGCUCUGCGGCGUGUAGUUGCACUGCCGUUGGAAGAGCUGC